AUGGCUUCAUACACUAAGCUAGAUGAAUCUACACGGACACGGUCAAGUGAUAGCCAUCUAGAGGCCUCUCGAGAGGCAUCGGAAGCUACUGUAAAAGAGGAGCUGCAGUUGUGGGCAGUACGUUCUCACAUUCCGCUAGUCCAUCUGACCAGUCUUCUGAAAAUUAUGAGAAGGCUGUCCCCGGAUCUGCCUUAGGAAGCGUGAACGUUGCUGGGCGGGGGAAGCAAUGGGGCGACGGUAACGGCAAUGGGCAGUGGUGAGUACGUCCAUUUUGGACUUGUAAAAAGGCUAACAAGCCAGUUAAGUGUCUCCUCCAUGAAUAUAACUGGCGAUGAGGUAGUUGCUUAUUUAGCUAUUGAGGGUUUACCUCUACAUAGGAAAAGCAGACGUGAAUUUUGGCCAAUCGUAGGUAGAAUAAUGGCCUUUAUAAAGCAAAUUAAAAAUGUCGAUGCCUAAUAUAGCUGCGAAGGAUGUUAUGUAAGGGGUGAUUAAGUUUACAAGGUAGUGUAUGACAGCGCAUCUGAACAUACUAGGGCGACGACUGUCGCUGCAUUGGCCUGUCGCCACUGCAGGCAUACAAUGUAGGAAUGGUUAGCUCCUUCCCUUUAGACCCCCUUCAUUUGGCAUACCUAGGCGUUAUGAGAAGGCUAUUGGACUUGUGGUUGAAAAGUCCACGGGAAAAGGCCUUCCGGCUGUCAAAUGCAGCAGUAAGUACAGUAAAUGAUAGAAAUGAUCUGAAUUUACCCCUGCUACGUCAAUUUUUCCAUCGCGCGAGGUCUCUUAAUGAAGCAGACACCUAGAAAGGAUCGGAGCUUCGUCAGUUCCUACUCUACACAGGAGUAGUAGCGCCUAGAGGUAUUCUUCCUAGCAAGUACUGGGAACAUUUCCUGAUGUUGUUUACAGCCAUGCGUUGUCUCGCUCGCCCGCAUCAUUCAAUUUCGUAAUAUGUCAAGCAACAAUAUAGAUGCUUUCACGGUGUGGAACGCUGCGCGCAAUUGCGACCAGCACCAAUUGGAGAAGGCCUUCAGAAAUGCCGUUAGGAAGGCCUAUGAUAGACUGCACAAACGAGAUUCUAGGAAAUCUACUUCACAAUUUCCGGACGGUUAGUGAUCUCUUUACAACGUUUAAACCCGUAAUUCGUGUUCCGGUACCGCUAAUCGACUCGCAUACAAUGUUUCAACUAACACUGCAAUUAAUAUCGUCUUCUUUGAUUUUAGACAACAACGAUGACAGAAAUAACAAUGAAACAAACAAUUCAUCUCCUGGGCCCGCCGGUCCCUCAUCACAGCCCUAAAUUGGGUCCAAUGUACAUAUUACAUUUCUUCCUCUAUUUUCUGUAAAGCUUCUUCGCAGUUUGUAUUUUGUCUGUUUGGAGCUCCAAAAAAAUCUCUAUUUUGGAAGAAAAACUCAGACUUUUAUGCUCUAUUUAAGGGAAACUAAAAUUGGGGAGAAGGGGAGAAUAAACGGAUAAUAGUCGGGUAGGGGCUACAGUCGUAUAUAUACGACUGUGACCUCCGAAAACACUUUUAGGAUCUAUCUUAAAAACUUUCGUUUGAUGUAUACAAAGUUAGUUCGGUCUUUUCGAUGACAUAUGCUUAUUAGUAAUGGAUUAGUUAAGCUAGGAGAGGCGUACAGCUGCUGAACGAUAAUGUGACAAUCCAAUUGAAUUGAGCUUAAGCUCAAUUUUAGCUUUUCCGACAGAAUUUCAGUCUAGUAAAAGCGGGCGACACAUUUCGAAGUUUCUUCGAUGCGAUGGCCUACAAGACCCAAAAGAAAAGACCCUAAAGAAUUUAAAACACACAUAAUUCACAACAAAACAGAGAAAUAAGAUUUUGGAUAUUGGAAGAGUGUAAUUAUAAAAAGAGAUGGGGGUCAGUCGUCAGACAUUAUGAGAUUAUGUCAAUGAUGGGGAGAUAGAAAGUGCAUGCUGGCUGCAGCCGGUCGUGGGGGGAUGAUUGAUAACGGAAAGUAUUUAUCAGGCGGCCUCUGCCUGUUCGUCGACGUGUUACAGUGCUUGGAAAUGUAUCCCGAAAUGAGACCAUAUGCUGAUGAGGAGUCAGGCUUCCUAGGAAGGAGUUGUGUGCCUGGCAGUGUCCCAUUAGUAUCUGCUUGCUAUCCACCAAACGAAGUAAAUGAAGAAGACUUUGAUCAUAACAAAAAUGCGUGGAUGUGGCUGAUGGAGGGUGGAAUGAGCGAGUGUCAUAACAAGGGCCUUCGAUGGGAUACCGAACACUCCCAUACUCAUGACUGAGGACGAUUUGAAUAAAUUUGGAGAGAGUGAACGAAUGGAUUAUAUUCCAAACGCAGGAAUCGAUGACUCAAAUGACUUCUUAGGGUCGGAACCACUGACAAUGGAGGUGGACUGAUGAGGUGAUCGAUGUCUUGUAGCGGCCGAGGUUGUCAAGCGUAGCACACACCAGAGUAAGGAAACGCCGAGAAGAGAUCCUGGCAGAGGUAGACCUGAACAGAGCUGUUAACAUUCUUGAAACUUGUUCACACGCAGAAGAAGAGAGUACGUGGAGUAUGGGUAUAGUGUAAUGGAACAACAUGAUAUGGAGAAUGUAUAUAACAAAUGUUAAUGUACACGUGCAAAGAGGAACAGCGAAUAGGUGACCUGUCUAGAUGGAUAGACGACCCUGCGAUAAUAGCUUAACAACCGGUGGGGAUGCAGCGCUGUGGGCAACUGCAGGGAAGGGCCGAGGGAGGGCCGACGUUGAAUGAGAGAGCGAGAAAAAGUCGAGAGCGGCGGGUCUUUGCGGGAAGGGGGUGGUCGGCGGCAGCUAGAGGAAGGGACACUGGCCGUCUUCGCCAGCACGCAGUUACGCCAUCUCCAUCCCAGGUCCGCGCGUCAAAAGUGUCACGACAUUCAAACAACUCUGUUCUUGCCAAGGGGCGUUACAGUAUGUCUCGCUUCGUCUGCCUCUUUCGCAAUGCCUCCUAUAAACCAAAUUGUCUUAAUCAACUUUCCGUUGCGUGUGUGGCGUGUAGCUUCCCCCUAUAUGUGAACUGAAGUGGUUUUUAGAGUUUUAACCUCGGAACGCCGGAAUUUGAUGUACUAAGAUCGGUCUGAACUUAUAAGCCUUGAUCCCUUUUAGUUUCGUCGAUUACAAAAUGGACUAUUUUAACCGUUUAGGCAUUUAAAAAGGCGUAUUUUUUUAUCUCCUCACUGCUUUAAGACAUCUUGACCACCGCAAAGCAACCGUCACCGUGAGAUCUUGUGAUUUCUUCUUCUUCUUCAUCUUCUGCCAAGUACAGUGAAAUAUCGUCAGUUUUCCGUGAACACAAUUGCAAUCUGGAAGCAGUUGCCUAAGAACGCGAAAAUUCCGCAAAAUUGUUUCUUUGUUGGAGAGACCUUUUAGUCGUUCUUUUCAUUGAAAAAAACGCCCUCAAUUUUCAAUGCUGAAUCACCGAAUAAGUCUUUUUUAAUGUUGCAGUUCGUGGUCUUUUAUCCCCCUAGCCAGUCUCAUUCCAUGAGAAAUGGUGCCUAUCUACAACCCGCAACACCGUGGACAAUUUCAUCAGCCGACAGUAAGUAAAUGUUCUUCAUUGCUUCUGGUUGGUCCAGUCCCAAUUUCAUUAAAAAGAAUCGAAGUUAAAAAUAUCGGAUAGAGUGCUAAUAAGCCCUUCAUGGGUUGGCGCCAUUUCACGGGCAGCAGUUUUCUUCUCCUGGACCAUCCGAACUAGCCCAAAACACUAUCCUCUAUAUUUACUUCGUGAGUUUUUUCAGUGUUACUCUGAUCUGUUCUCCUCCUCCUCCUCCUCCUCCUCCUCCUUCUCCCCCUCCUCCUCCUCCUCCUCCUCAUUCUCCUCCACCACCACCACCACCAACACCACUACCACCACCACCACAACGGUUGCGAUAAGCAAUGACUAA